AUGCGAGUCCUCCAGUCGCUCUUCGAGCGUUCGUCCCGAGAUAUUCUUCGACACGUGGAAAUGUAUGCUGGUCGGUACAACCUCACGGUGCCUCUAAGCAACACGGACCCUACUUCAAUUGAUGCAGCCACAGUGACUUUCUUAUCUGAGCUUGCACGACGGUCACGCCUAAACUUACCAAGUUUCGUUCGACUGGUUCGUGGACAAGACGCUCACGAUCCGCGCCCUAAUAAGGCGCUGUACGAACUUGCUGAGCCAGCCGACCCCACCUAUCACGACGUUUACAGGCGUUGGAAUGCCAUUGUCCGAGUCCGGCGACACAUCGCAAAAGGCCAAACGGAGGGCCGAUAUCUCAUUCUGGACAAAGCCAUGCUGGAAACAUGGCCUGAGGUUUUCAUUAGUCCGAUCGGCACAGUCGGCAAAGGUGAAGAAGACAUCCGUGUCAUCAAUGACUACGCUUAUCCGCGGGGAGCGUCCGUGAUCGACUUCACUGACAGAGAUAACUUCCCACGGAUCAGCUACAACCCGCCUCGCGACAUAGCGCGACGCAUUCAUGACCUACGAACCGAGCAUCCUCCCGUUGAGGUUCUGCUCCUGCUCGGAGACGUCUCCGGUGCUUUUCGGCACGUACCGAUCAGCGAAAACAGCGUACACAUGUUCGCUUUCCUGUUUGAAGACUACGUGGUCUUUGAUCUAUCGUGUGGAUUUGGGUGGUGUGGUUCACCAGCAUUUUACUCUCUGGCAGGGUCUGUCAUCAAUCACUUGUACGAGCCCUCGAGACCUGAGGGUGGAGCUCCUCUGGACAGGGAACCGUUUGGAGGCAACGUUUGGUGUGAUGAUCACGCAUGUGUGGAGAGAAAUGUCGGCUCGCGCUGCAAGGAUGCUGAAGUAGCCCUGCGGAGAUCAAUGAUAACUGUACUUGGGCCGAAUGCUAUCAAUGAGGAGAAAUUUACCUCGUGGCAGACAACUGGCAAAGCGCUCAGUCUUUUGUGGGAUACCGUCAACGGUACCGUAUCGAUACCGACUGAGAAGCUGCUGAAGGCGCAGCUCCGCGUUCACGCGCUGCUUCAGACAGCUUAUGCUUCCAAAUCUGAUCUCAACAAGCUCCUCGGGAGUCUACGCCACGUAGCUGCGUGCUUUCCGGCUGCUCGUUCCUUCUACCAACGACUUCAUGCGUCCGCUGUCGGUAUGCAUCCUGGAAGCAAACGCCAAUUAAAUGAAGACGACCGCGACGACCUGUUCUGGUUUCGUGCGGUACUUUUGAAUGGGGACCGGUUCAACAAGAUCCCUGUCGUUCAGUUCGCCGGUAUUGCAACACCAACCGUGCACAUCUUCAUGGACGCGUCGGACACCGGGUUGUGUGCUCUAGAACCCACGAGACUUGAGUAUAUUCGGGUGAAAUUCACUGACGCUCAGAAGCUUGACCUGCGUAAGGAGCCUCGUGUCAAUUCGAUCAACGUACGAGAACUUCAGAGUGCCGUAUUGGCUGCUCUGUACUGGGGUCAAUAUUGGAAACAGGAUGCAGAACUUGGCCCGACGUACGUCUGCUUCCACAUCGACAACUCAAGUGCGGUGGCGUGGGCUAACCGUCGAAGUGCCAGAAACCCCGCUGCCCAGCUCUUGAACAGACUGCUGUCUCUGGCUGAACUACAAUACCGUGUCGUUUUCACGGCGGAACAUGUCCCCGGAAUCGAUAACAUCAUGGCUGACGCCGGGUCACGUGAACGUCUGUCAUCCAUUCGACGAUCUCUCAACCGUGUGGGCGCUAUGCUGUGCCGACAAGCCCUGGCAGGCACUACCAACACCAAGUAUCAAGCAAUCUGGAAGCAGUGGACCAAGUUCUCGCGCAGGAUGGGAUGA